UUAUCUAUAUUAUUAUUAUAUUACUUAUUAUUUAUUAUAUUAUAUUAUAUAACAUCUAUUACUUAUAUAUUAUUAUACUACUCCAUUACAUAAUAUCUUACCUACGCGUUCAUCUUUAUUACUCAUUACUCAUUCCGACACAUGACUCGGAUCACAUUCCCCAUUUCCCAUUUCCCAUUUAUUUUCCCACCACUUGAUCUUGUGACAUUCCUUAAUUCCGCACUCUAUAUAAUAACCGGUAAGAUCAUUCGUAAUUACGAACCCAUAAACACUUGUCGUACCACUGUGGUAACACAUACUAUAAAUAGUGCAAUAGUUAAUUAGUCUCAUUAAUAGUGAGACCUUUGUGGUUAAAGUAUAUCUAAAUAAUAUAUAGUCAAUUUCCAAGUCAUACGCAUUAAUACUUAUCCAAUAACCGAUAGAUUACAAAUCAAGGAGUCCACGACAUUAUCUCCACCAUGGACAAUAACCAACAAAAUAAUGAAGGUAGAGGUUCAGAUGGGAGGUCAGGAUCUUCUACUGAUGGUCUGAGUAAUUCAGAUCAAAAUAGUAAUUCUAAUACUACAAGUACUAAUUCUGAAUCAAAUCCUAAUAGAAGUCAUAGAACCCAUUUGAACUUAUUUGAUAGGUUUAUGGAUAAUUUACUUGAUAGAAGUCAUAGAAAUUCUACUACUAGAAGUACUACAGCAACUGAUACUCCUUAUCCAGGAGCUAAUCCAACUAAUACAUCAUCUACCACAAAUACAAGUAAUACUUCACCAGAAAGUGAUGAUUCUCGUUCAAUAGUUAUAACAGUUAAUUAUGUAUUCUCUGAUGAAAACAAUCCUCGAUUCCCUAAUCGUGCUGGUUCAUUAAUCUUAUCAUUACCUAAUAAUUCAUCUAAUCGAGACCCUAGAGCUAUUCAAGAAUUUAUAAGAUUAGCAACUCAAAUGGCUUAUUCAUCAAUAAUAAAUGGUUUACAUAAGGAAAAAGGUAUUACUGUUGAUAAAUUUAAUUCAUUUCCUACUGUAAUAGAUUUCUCAAAUGGUAAUGAUGAAACUAAUAGAAAGCAUGAUCAAACUUGUUCAAUUUGUUUUGAAGAUUUUGAUAAUAUAAAUAAAGAAUUAUCUAAGAUUGAAGAUGAUGAAGUUGUUGAUGUUAAAAAGAGAAAAUUACAUGAUGGAACAGAUAAUUCAACUGCAACUGAUAGUAGAAGUAAUAGUAGAAAUGGUAAUUCUAGUCAAGUACCUUCUCGUCCUCAAACCCCUGUACCUGAACAAGAAUCUCACCCAUCUCAAUCAUCUCAACCUCAAUACUUAUGUGAUUAUGUAGGUCAGUUUGAUCAUUCCGCUAUUAAAAUGCCUUGUGGUCAUAUAUUCGGUAAGGAAUGUUUAAGUGAAUGGUUAAAGGGUCAUACCACAUGUCCCUUGUGUAGAUCAUCGGUAGCUGAUGAACAACAGCAACAAGACAGUUUUGGAAAUAAUUUCACCGUAUUUAAUAUUCCAUUAAAUAGAGAUGAUGAAGAAACUGGUACUCCAGCUGCAACAGCUACUGCCACAUCUACUUCUACUAGUACUACUACUUCAAGUUCAACUGUUCCAUUAGCACCUUCUUCAGCCCUGAUUCCAGCACCAAUUCCUGAACCAACACCAACUGCUUCAGCUACUAGUCCAGGUGCUACUGCAUCUGGUGAUAGAUUUCAUUACUUUGGCAUUUCUAAUUCAGAUACUGAUUCAACUAAUCGUCAAAGAGAGGGACGACCUCUGAUAUUUGAAAGAGCAAGACAAACCAGAUCCCAUAGAAGAUCUCCAAGUCGUUCUUCACCAUCCACCAGUGCAUCACAAAGUACUUCAAGUGGUUCUAGUCUUGGACAACCACUUGCCAAUUUGUUACGUUGUCUUCGUAGACCAAGAAGUAAUAAUUCACAAACAGUACCAGAACCAUUAUUUCCUACUGGAAUUGCUAGUAGAAGAACUGCCAAUGGAAUUGAAACCUUUCCUAGUGACUCUAGUGAAGAUAUUGCUGAUUUCUUGAAUUUAACUUCCAUGAUUAAUAACAGUAAUGAUGACAACGAUAACAAUAACAAUAACAAUCACAAUAACAACGGUACUAUGGAUAAUGAAACUAAUGGUGAUACUGAAUCAUCUCAUUAAGGUUUAGGGUUUAGGAUUGUGGGUUU